AUGGAGCCACCUGUAAUAUAUCAUGAUUUGAAAUGCUCAAAUAUCUUGCUUGGCAAGGGCUAUCACGUUAAAGUGUCGGAUUUUGGGCUUGCCAAAAUGGGUCAAGUUGGAGGCAAUAUUCAUGUAUCGACUCGGGUAAUGGGUAUAUAUGGUUAUUGUGCACCAGAUUAUGCAAUGACGGGCAUUGAAGCAAGAGGUUUUAUCUUUGGUCCCCCUAUUGCCUUGGCUAUCGGAGCAAAGUUUGUGCCAUUGAGAAAGCCAAGAAAGUUGCCCGGUACUUACUCCCAAGCAAGAAUGAAGAGAAAACAUACUCCAAAUGAAAUGCAAAACAUUACUAGCUUCUUUGCUAAAAAAAAUCCUACUCCAACUUCUCUUCCACAUCCAACACAAAAUGAACAAACUAUAACUCCACCUCAACAAAGUGAGCAACUUUCAUCUCCAUCUCAUUAUUCAACUCAAAAUUCCCCUCAAAAUGAACAAGGCCAAUGUUCUCCUAAUGCCCCAAUCUUUGGAGAAAGAUUAAGUGAACAUGAAUUUGCUAAUCUUCCACAAGAUCCAGGAAAGAGGAGAAAAAUGAGUAAAUUUCAUAAAGAUGAUAGAGAUUUAGUGAGAAGAAUUUACAUUCAAAGAAAGCCUUGUCAGCCCAAAGACUUUACAUUUCCUCAAACUUCUAUUUUUGGCAAAAAUCGUCGCUUUUGUGCUAAGUGGUUUGAUACUUGGACUUGGCUUGAGUAUAGUGUGGAAAAGGAUGCUGCCUAUUGUUUCCCUUGUUAUUUAUUCAAGGAUGAAAAUGCCUUUGGAGGUGAUGCUUUUGUUAGUGAUGGUUUCAAAUCAUGGAAUCGAUCGGAUUUAAUAAGAAAACAUGUCGGUAAACACUUGAGUGCACAUAAUAAUGCUGUUUUAGCUAUGGAUUUGUUCAAGAAACAAAAUUCAAGCAUCACACAAGCCUUAACAAAACAAACCGCUGAGAGUACAAAUGCAUAUAGGACGCGACUUGAAGCUUCAAUUGAAUCUAUCCAAUGGCUUUUACUCCAAGGGUUGCCUUUCCGUGGUCAUGAUGAAAAAGAAAGUUCCUUAAGAAGAGGUAACUUUCUUUCACUUUUAUCCCUUAUUUCCAAAGGUAAUCCUGAAUAUUCUAAAGUUGUUUUCAAAAAUGCUCCUAGUAAUUGUCAACUUACUUCUCCUAAAGUCCAAAAAGAUAUCAUAAAUGCAUGUGCAAAAGAGACCACUAAAGCAAUGCUUGAAGAUAUUGAUGGUGGUUUAUUUUCUAUCCUUGCUGAUGAGUCCGCUGAUGUUUCUGACAAGGAACAAUUGGCUCUUUGUUUGAGAUAUGUUAAUAGAAAGGGAGAAGUGUGUGAGCGUUUACUUGGUAUUGUGCAUGUUGUAAACACUGCUUCUUUGACUCUCAAAACUGCUAUUGAAUCCUUAUUAAUGGAGCAUUCUUUGUCUUUCUCUCAAGUACGGGGUCAGGGUUAUGAUGGGGCAAGUAAUAUGCAAGGUUCUAUUAAUGGCCUUAGGACUCUUAUAGAGAAUGAGUGUAAAGAAGCUUAUUUUUUCCACUGCUUUGCUCACCAACUUCAAUUAACUCAAGUUGCACUUGCUAAAAAGAAUUCAGAUUGUGCUUGGUUAUUUGUUGAUGUACUUGCACCUCUCUUGAAUUUUGUGGGGGGUUCACCAAAAAGGAAAGAGUUUCUUCGUGAAAAUCAAGCUCAAAGAGUGGUGGAUGCAUUGUCUCUAGGUGAACUUGAAACGGGUUCAGGUUUAAAUCAAGAACGUGGAUUAGGUAGACCUUGUGAUACUCGUUGGGGAUCUCACUUCAAGACAAUCUUGAAUGUACUUGAUUUAUUCCCUGUAAUCCUUGGUUCUCUUGAGGAUAUUGCAAAAGUAUCUGAUACAAUAGAUUCUAAUAGAGCUCAAACACUUACAAAUCUUCUGAUGUCCUUUGAUUUUGUGUUCGUGGCACACUUGAUGGUUAGUAUAUUUGCGAUAACAAAUGCUUUGAAUGUGACUUACAAAAGCACGAUCAAGACAUUGUGA